AUGAGAGAUAUUUGGUCCUCCAAUAUUGGUAUAAUCACAGAAUCAGUUGAAUCAGAAAUACUCGAGGAUGAUAAUAAUGAAGACAUUGACGACCUCACCCAAGAUAUUACCUUUGAUGAUCUUCUUGAAGAAAUUGGACAUCAUGAUAUUUUAUUACUUUAUCAUCAUCAACAUAUCAUGGAUCAACUGUAUAGUGAAGCUUUCCAAAAAUUUUUACAACGUACACAAACCUCUAAUGAUGCUCACGCACAUUAUAACUUAGCUUAUUUCUAUUAUAAUGGUCAUGGUGUAGCAAAAAAUUACAAUCUUGCUUUCUAUCAUUAUCAGCUAGCCGCUAAACAAGACCAUCCUGGUGCAUUAUACAAUAUAUGCUUACUGUAUGGUAUUGAAGGAAAUACAUCACCACAAAAUGUUCGCUUCAUGCCACCUGAUAAAUUAGCUGAAUUUAAAGUCACUAUGUAUGUUCGAUCAGGAGCUCAAGGCCAAUAUACAAAUGCCUAUAGUAAAUUAGUCGACAAUUAUCAACAGUCUGAGCUUUGGCAAGUAGCUCUCAAUAAAUUAUACGAACUAUAUUUACAGCAGAUUCAUUGUACCGACGAUCAUUCUGAUAAUAACCAUGAAAUAGCCAGUCUCUACAAUCAGUUAGGUUUUAUAUGCAUGGUAAAAUAUAGUGCCAACGAUGAUCCCAGCGCGUUAUUUCAAGCCAAUCGCUUCUUUCAUCAAGCAACCCAAUUAGGUAAUCCAUCAGCCUAUUUUAAUUUAGGCUUUUUCAAGUAUGGUUUUGCAUGUAGUCCAGACAAAGACAGAGAAAAAGAGAUAGAAAUGUUGGAGAUUGCAGCUCGAAAUGGUCAUACAUUAGCACAGUAUCAGUUAGGCUAUUAUUGGCGUACUACGUUAAAGAGUCAAAUUGAAAAUUGCCGAAAGUCUUAUGAAUAUUUCCAGAAAGCGUCUGUCCAUGGCUAUUCAGAUACUUUAUGUAACUUAGGAUUUUUGUAUGUCAAUGGUAUUGGUGGCGUUCAACAAGACUUUCAACUUGCUGUCGACUACUUCCGAACUGCGUCAGUGGUGGAUGAACUAGCGUGCACGCAGUACGCCAAAAGAGAAUGCUUCAGUUUAGGAUUUAUGUACGAACAUGGUAUCGGCGUGCCUGUCAAUUUAAUGCUAGCCAGCCAUUUUUAUGCAUAUGGAGCAACUUUUCAAUUAAAUAGUAAAAAAUCACUUUGCCAUUUAGCUAAAUUAAUCGAAAAAGAGCACAUAACCCCAUCAUUCAUUCGAGAUGCUAUUGAAUUAUACCAGCGUGCGAUUGCUUCCAACAAUCCAUAUAUUUGUGGUUAUGCUAACUACAGGCUAGGAAAGAUAUAUAGUAAUCUAAGAUUUGAUGGAUACUUUGACGAAGAGAAAGCGAACUGUCAUUAUCAGAUAGCGCUAAAUUGUUACCAAACCUAUCCUAAUCUCUUAGGCGAAGGCGGUGCAGACCACUACUACCAUUUAGCAACAUUAUACGAAAAAGGUUACGGUGUCAGUAUUGACUUUGAAAAAGCAAAGAACUAUUACCUUCUAUCAAUUAAAACUGCAGAAGAAAGGGUAGAUGUCUACCAAGACUACUAUGGUCAAAAAGCUAAAAGACGCUACAACGCCAUCAUCACCCAAAUUGAUACAGAGUCUUGA